AUGGCCAAAAGUGGAGAAUUCGCUGAAUUUGUUGCCGAAUAUGUCGUUAAACAGGAAUACGAAGACAUCGAUGAGAAAGAGAUGCAAAUUCUGGCAAAACUGAGACAAACAGUGAAACCAUUGAUUGAAAAACAAUUGUCUGUCAGAUCUAAUGAUAGCGAAGACACAGAUAUUAGACAAAGUAUUUCAAGAAAUGUGUCCACAAGUGAGUCAAAUAAAGACCACAAAUGCAUAGACAAAGAUCAAGAGGAAGUGUCUGAUGAAACUAAAGGCAAACUAAUAGACAAAGAAGUGUCGGCCAAAGGAAGCAUUAAAAGCUUAGUCUACAAGAAGUAUGUGGAAGUUUUUGGGCCAAUUAGCUUAGCUUUCAUUAUAAUCACAUUCAUUAUGGUAAACAUCGCGAGCGCGGCGUCGGGUCUAUGGCUAAGCGAGUGGUCAAACGACUCAAUGGACUCGAAUACGGCUAACGAUACGGCUCUACGAUAUCGGCGGCUAUGGGUAUACGCGGCCAUCGGUGGGGCCGAAGCGGUCGCACUUAUUAUCGCCCAAAUAUGGCUACGGCUGCGGUGCGUACGGGCGGGUCAAGUGCUGCACAACCAAAUGAUGGCACGUGUGGUUCGGGCGCCCAUGUCCUACUUCGACACGACACCAAUGGGACGGAUACUCAACCGGUUCUCCCAAGAGAUGGGUAUAGUUGACGGUUGGGUAAUGCAUGUACUGAGCGGUAUACUCGUCAACAGUUUUGCGUUAGUCUUAGCUCUGGGAAUGUUGUCAUUGGAGACACCAUUAGUACUGCUGGCCAUCGGACCCAUUAUUAUAGUUUAUAUCGUAUGCCAACGGGUGUUCAUCGCCAGCUCUCGACAGAUCAAACGACUCGAGUCGGACACCCGUUCACCGAUUAUCAGCCAUUUGAGUGAAUCAUUCAACGGAACGGCAAGUAUUAGAGCGUUCGGCGCCGACCACUGGUUUGUCCGGCAGUCGUACCGACGGAUAGACGCUAAUAAUCAGUGUUGGUAUUUGAGUUUUUGUGCCGAACAAUGGAUGUCUGUAAGACUCGAGUUCUUGGGAUCUCUAAUAGUGUUUGUGUCAGUCAUGGCUGCUGUGAUUUUUAGGGAUCAGUUGUCGCCCGGUUUGGCCGCACUCGCCAUCAAUUAUUCAUUGAACUUAACGUUAAUAUUAAGUACUUUUAUACGAUCUGUUAAUGAUUCCGAGACUACUAUGAUAUCUAUUGAAAAAUGUCUGGAAUUAACACAAAUUCCUGAAGAAGCCGAGUGGUAUAACGAGAAGACCAAACCCGCGACCGAUUGGCCGACAAUGGGUUGCAUUUCAUUCACAGACUAUUGCACUAAAUAUAGAUUUGGUUUGGAUUUAGUGCUCAAAGAUAUAGCAAUUGAUAUGAAAGGCCGACAAAGGGUUGGAAUCGUCGGCCGCACCGGCGCUGGAAAGUCGUCCCUCGCGGUUGCGAUCGUCGGCCGCACCGGCGCUGGAAAGUCGUCCCUCGCGUUGGCUCUCUUCAGACUCAUUGAGCCGACGGCCGGAACCGUUACCAUCGAUGGCGUCGACUGCUCUACCAUUGGAUUACAAGACUUGAGAUCGAGGCUAACAAUCAUACCUCAAGAUCCGGCGCUUUUCUCGGGUUCUUUGCGCUAUAAUUUGGAUCCUUUGGUCCAAUACUCAGACCUCGAGAUAUGGCGGGCCUUAGAGUCGGCACAUCUGAAGACAUUCGUGGAGUCACUGGAAAGAGGUCUCAAUCACGACAUCGCAGAGAACGGCGAGAAUCUGAGCGCCGGUCAGAAACAGUUGGUCUGUUUGGCCAGAGCUCUACUCCGACGGACUCGGGUGCUAGUGCUGGACGAGGCGACUGCCGUUAUAGUUUUAAACAACGGAUCGAUCGCAGAGUCGGGAACACCGGAACAGCUCUUAGCGGACAACACAUCCAUCUUCUACUCAAUGGCUAAACAGGAAAAACUUGUCUAA